AUGCUACAAUCUAUUUUCGACUUUGGUUAAACGACUUCUACAUUUUGGAAGUAAUGUGACAAAGCCUUGCUUGAUGAAUAAAAUGAGUUGCUGGAGCAUGAAUUCCUGGUCGGCUCAAAGGAGAGGUUGAUUAAGAAAAAGUUUCUUGUGAUGAGUCAGGAUUCACUCUUUAGAGUUUCGCUAUCAAAUCUUAAGAAAGCCCCCUUACUAACUAUGCAUGUUUAGUUUAUUGAAGCAUCGACUGAUAACUUCGUAUAAUUAAACUCUGAUGAAUAAUUACUUGGUUUUCACCUUUCUUAUUAGGGAAAGAGCCUAGAAAUAUUUACUGCAGACAAAAUUAGUUACGAUAUUUGGAAGUCUCAUUUCAAGAGAUUUGCCAUUUUGGAUAACUUUCACGAAGCCUUUUAAGUAUCCAAAAUGAUUGGCAAAGGCAGUUUUGCAAAAGUUUAUCAGGCAACCAAAAAGGAAACCAACACUUAAUAUGCUAUAAAAGCAUUUAGCAAAGCAUAUAUGUAACAGUAAGCUAAAGGAAUUGAAAGUAUGCUAAAUGAAAUAAAAAUAAUGAGAAGACUAAAUCAUCCUAACAUAGUGAAAUUAUAUGAAGUGCACGAAACAACUAAUUCAAUCUAUUUUGUACUAGAUAUGAUCUAAGGUGGUGAAUUACUGUAAAGAGUGAGAGAGACAGGUUUUUUGCCAGCAGAAACGGUGCAGAAAUUAGCUUUUAAUUUAGUGAGUGCCUUAAGUCAUAUGCAUGAAAAUCGUGUCAUCCAUAGAGAUUUGAAACCAGAAAAUCUACUAUUGAGAUCUACAGAAAAUAAUUAUGAGAUUAUCCUAGCCGAUUUUGGAUUGGCUACUAAUUUGGAUGAAGAACACUUAUUUAAAAGAUGUGGUACUCCUGGAUUUGUUGCUCCAGAAAUCUUAGAGUAUGUAGAAGGCUAAGAAUUUUAUACCGAUAAAUGCGAUGUAUUUAGUGCUGGUAUCAUUUUGUAUUUACUAAUUACUGGAAAUACUCCUUUUAUUGGAGUUGAUUAAAAGUCCAUUCUCAAAAAUAACAAGGAAUGUGAAAUUGAUUUUAAGGAACCCCAUUUCAAAUUGGCACCAAUUUAAAUGCAAGACCUAAUUCAAUCUAUGCUCUAGAAGAAAGUGUCUUAUAGAUUAAGUUCACAAGAAUGCAUGAGACAUCCAUACUUUAAGUAAUUAGUCAAAGAGUAUAAAGUGUAAAUUGAAAAAUACCAAAGCAAUCUACAAUGCUAUUAAGAAAUCUAAAAUGCUAGAAAAAUCGGCACAUAAGAUUUAGAAUAGAGAUCUCCUCUAAAUUUCAAUUCCUCUGAUUCUAUCUCUUCAAAUAUUUCUUAAAAUAGAUAGGAUCAGAGAAAAACUUCAAUUGUAGCAGGAGCCUCCAAGUUUAGUCAAUACAGUGCUCGAUUAUCAAAACAGAAUUCCAGAGAGAUUUCUGAUAUACCAUUGAAAUAGGAAUAAAAAAAGUCAAAGGAUUUGCAUAGAUUGGCUUUGACCAAUAGCUAAUUAAAAUAGAUAGCCUUCAAUUAAUUCGAUAAUGUAGAAGACCCAACCGCUGAGGAUUGCAACGUUGGAGUUAUGGUGAGACAAUAUAAUUCAACAAGACAAAUCAGAAUACCAGACAAUACUUUAUAAAUUAAAGAAUGCAAUACUCCUACAAUGUAAAAAUAACAAUGA